AAUUCACGAUGCGAUCAUAUGUUAAUGACAGAAAAUUACAGCAACAAUGUGUGUCAACGUUGUAUGCAAAGGGUGCAAAAACUUAUUUUUUUGCACUAAACGGAACAAUUAAAGGCUAAAGUGAAAACGCAAUUAAAUGACAAAUUAAUACUAAAGUAUUGUGCAUUAUAGCAACAUAACGAAGCUCUCGAUUUUGAGUUUAAGUUUAAUAGUUUGUUAAAAUUUAAGCAGUGCGUAUAUUUCAAAAGAAAUAAAAAUGUUUCGAAGUCGUAGUUGGUUUGGAGGAAAUUGGAACCGCCCAAAGAAUCGUCUUUCAUUGGAACACCUUAAGUACCUGUAUAGUAUACUCGAAAAGAAUACCAGUGUUUCAGAAAGUAACCGUGGCCUUUUGGUAGAAUCUCUGCGUUGCAUUGCAGAAAUACUGAUCUGGGGUGAUCAACAUGACUCUUCUGUGUUUGACUUCUUUCUUGAAAAAAAUAUGUUAUCCUACUUUUUACAUAUAAUGCGUCAAAAGAGCGGCGGUUCGAGUUUUGUAUGUGUGCAACUGUUGCAAACGCUAAAUAUUUUAUUUGAAAACAUACGAAACGAGACAUCUUUGUAUUAUCUGUUGAGCAACAAUCAUGUCAAUUCCAUAAUUGUGCACAAGUUUGAUUUCUCGGAUGAAGAUGUAAUGGGGUACUAUAUUUUAUUUUUAAAGACGCUAAGCCUUAAACUCAAUACUCACACCAUACAUUUCUUUUAUAAUGAGCAUACAAACGACUUUCCGCUGUACACAGAGGCUAUUAAAUUUUUCAAUCAUCCUGAGUCCAUGGUUCGUAUAGCUGUGCGUACGAUCUCUUUAAAUGUAUACAAGGUACAAAAUGCCAGUAUGUUGAGGUUUAUCAGAGACAAAACCGCAGCGCCUUAUUUUAGUAACCUUGUAUGGUUUAUAGGCAAGCAUAUUUUGGAGUUGGACACCUGUGUAAGGACCGACAUUGAUCACCAAUCUAAUCAGAGGCUUUCAAAUUUAGUAGCAGAGCAUUUGGAUCAUUUACAUUACCUAAACGAUAUAUUAUUACUCGAAAUAGACGACUUAAACGCAGUGCUAACGGAACAUCUUCUACAUAAACUUUUUGUGCCGUUAUAUAUAUUUUCUCUUACCCCAGCGCCACCACCCACCUCUCUAGCAGUUGUGACACAAAAUCUAGCUGCGGUUUUGAACCGCCCAGUCGAUAUAGAUAUACAAGAAAUUAAUAAUCCACGUGUGUCAUCUAUUGUCGCAUUGUACCUGCUGUCACUAGUAUUUCUGGUGAUAACGCAUGCUCCAUUAGUACAUGCAUUGGCCUGGGUUAUACUCAACGGUGAUCAUAGUGUCUUUAAAGAAGGCGCUGCUGAAAUAUUAAAUGCUUACGUGGAGCAUCGAUUAGCUGUUGUGCCAGGAUUUGGCGAGCCGCGUGAAAGUCUUGAACAAGCUUUGGAGACUGUAGGUGCCAAUUCAACAAGUCACAGUUAUGAAGCUGAUAGCUUAAAUGCAAUAGAAACGCCUAAUGCUACAGCUGUUUUAAAUACAGAGGAAAACGUCAACACAGAAAAAACAAGUGAUGAGGAGAAUGCAACAUUUAAAAUUUCUGUAGAAACCGCUAGUGCAGCUGCUCAGGUUGUUUUGAAUAACGCCCAAUUAGCAAAUAUCACCGACGAAGAAAAAGAAAAAAUGCAGAAGUUUGUACAACAUACUCCAGCUUAUAAUGAAGCAAGCCGACCAUUUUUAGAGAUGGUAUUAUCAGCAUUGGACUGCACUGAAAAUGACUAUUUAGCACUUUUGGCGUUAUGCCUCAUUUAUGCUAUGGCCUACAACAGGGAUGGUGUAAAAAACGAUUGGUUCGAACAGGUACUCUCUCAGUCAGCCAAAGGAUCUUAUAGCUAUAGGACAGACCUAAUAGAACGUCUACUGCACAUCGUUACCCUCUCAAAUCAGCCUUCUUGUCGCAUACGACUCAUAACAAUUGAAAUUGCACUGCAGCUGCUCAUAACCUUUACCAAGCCUUGCACUGACGAUGCCUGUUUCACGGAGGCACAACGUGAUGCCUUGUUUUCCGCACGCAAUCAGUCUAUGGUUGUAUUACGUAAUUUCUAUAAAUCAGAGGAUAUAUUUCUGGAUCUUUUUGAGGAUGAAUUUAACGAAAUGCGCAAAACAAAUUUGAAUGUCGAAUUCCUAUGCAUGGAUUCAACGAUACUUCUACCACCCACUGGCACGCCGUUGACAGGUAUAAAUUUCACACGUCGCUUGCCUUGUGGCGAAGUGGAAAAGGCUCGACGUGCUAUUCGUGAUUUUUUUCUCCUACGUAAAACGUGUCAACAAUUUUUAAACGAAAAGGAAACACUAUUGCCCUUAACGAACACGAUGCAUCUUGUGCAAGUGGAUAAUGUGUUAGACUUAAAUAACAGUGACUUGAUUGCAUGUACGGUUAUCACCAAAGAGAGUACGAAGCAACGCCGUUUUCUUGUUAUUGAUUCGCUACAAUUAAUACUCGUUGAACCCGAUGCUAAGCUACUUGGCUGGGGCGUUGCUAAAUUUGUCGGUUUCCUUCAGGAUGUUGAAGUGGUUGGCGAUAAGGAUGAUUCACGUUGUCUGCAUAUCACAGUACACCGUGGUGGUGCGACACAUAACCGUACGCCACUUUUAUCAGCUAAAUUUCUCUUUGACGAUCACAUAAGAUGUAUGGCAGCGAAGCAAAGAUUGACGAAGGGUCGGAGUAAGGCGCGUCAGAAAAAAAUGUAUCAAAUUGCACAAUUGAUUGAAAUGCCCGGUCAAGUAGUUGAUUCACCCGUCUACGCAGUAGCUGGUCUACGUGCGGGCAGUGUGUCAAGCAGCAGUUCACGUUCAUCACGUGAACACCGUCCCAUCUUGUCUACGGCAAAUCGUGUACCCGGCUUUGCUGCGGCUUUAAAACGUGAAACGAAUAAUAGUGGUGGUGUAUGCCGCAUGCAAAUGGCACAGAAUCGUUCUAUCGAAGGCAUACGUAAUGAAAGUGCUGGACGUCCACGACGACGCAGCUCCAAUUCCAGCUCACAUUCAUCAACAUCACAAACGCGUGAUGUCAACUCAACGCUGGGACGUGAACAUUCGCCAGGUGGCUCGCGUGAGAGUUCACAAAAUCGCACUUCAACACGUUCCCGAGAUAAUAGUCCACGCAUGCCAAGACCGCGUUCUGAAGAAAUCCCUCUGGAGGACUUCCAGCACUCACGCAACAAUAGUCCCCAUUCGCGUGCCAACUCUACGCAGACAAAUACACCAACGCGUGCACUUACACCAUCUCGUGCGCUUAACUAUGAGCAGAUCGCUAUAUCGGUACACAACAGUACAUCUCGCGAAACGCAUUCCCCAGCGCUGCAUCAUGCAAGCCAAUUAAAUGGUGUCGCUAUUGCCAAAGAGGUAGUUGCACCAGUUGCGAGCUCCGAAGAAACGUCGUUCAUUGGCAAUGAGGAUGCAGCAUCGAGUGAGCAACGUCGCCGAGGCAUUAUCGAAACAGUAUAAAGUUAAUUACCUUGAGCAGAUAUUUAUAUGUGAAAUUUGGUUUUCCUUUUCAUAAAAUAAUUACUUAUUGGUCUAAAUUUUUUUUUAUCUACAUAUGUACGUACUAUAUAUAAUUAUUUGAUUUAAAUAUUAGCGGGUAAUGUUAAAUAAAAAUUGUGACUAACAUUAAUAGUAUUUAAUGAUAAAUUAGACGAAUUUAAAAUUUUGGUUUGUUUGGUUUUCUGUUUGGUCGAGUUUUUUUUCAACACAAUAUACAUAGAUCACAACACUGUAAAUGUAUUAACGGUAAAAAUUAGAAUUAAAGUUGAUUAAAUAUAACCUAAAACGUGAAAU